AGAUAUAGAGCUCCUCCAUUGCUAGCCCUGGGAAUGGUAUCGCCAUUGCUCUCUUCUUCUUCUUCUUACUCCUCCUUUUCUUCAAACCCUAAUCUCAUUACCUUCAAUCCCUCCUUCCCUAUUCUGAAACCGUCCCCUACUCUACCUUCGCUUCUCUCUUCUUUCCAUCAGAAGCCCAGUCGGAGCAUGACUCAUUCCAAAUGCUUCUCUGGGCCAUCCCCCGCCGUUCCCAUUCCUAGUGCAUGUGAAGUGCAGGAGGUGGAUUCAAUGUCUCUCGUUGUUGUGUCCUUCUACAAGUUCGCUGAUUUUCCUGACCAUGCGGAAUUUCGGUCGCCAUUGAAGAAGCUCUGCCAGGAACUGCGUGUUUCAGGAGGUAUCAUUCUUGCACCUGAAGGAAUUAAUGGGAGCAUUUGUGGAUCUCGUGAAUCUGUACAAAGGGUUCUUGGAUUCAUUGAAAGUGAUGAACGCCUAAAAGGACUAAGGCAGGUGGAAACACCUGUUAGUCCUGAAGAAGAAGCCAUUCAUCAUGGACAUUCGAGCAGUUCCCCUCUUGCAGCAGGGGAAGAUGCACCCUUCCGCUGGGACCAUGUCAGGGUCAAAUUAAAGAAAGAGAUUGUUACUCUUGGAAUGCCUGAUGUAUCACCUGUUGAAAGGGUUGGACAAUAUGUGAAACCAAGGGACUGGAAUACACUGAUUAGUGACCCAGAUACUGUGGUUAUUGAUGUGCGCAAUCACUACGAAACAAGGAUUGGAAAGUUUAAAAGAGCAGUUGAUCCCUGUACUCCAGCAUUUCGAGACUUUCCCUUUUGGGUAGAGGAUAAGUUCCAACUUCCUAAAUCCGAUUGCGAGCAUUCAAAUGAAGAAGUUGAAGGAAAAACCGUAAACCCUGAAGAGAACUCGCCUCCACGAGUUGCCAUGUAUUGCACGGGAGGAAUCCGUUGUGAGAAAGCUUCAAGUUAUCUCCUCAGCAAAGGCUUUAAAGAGGUUUAUCAUUUGGAAGGUGGAAUUCUGAAAUAUCUGGAGGAAGUUCCAAAGACAGAGAGCUUAUGGGAGGGAGAAUGCUUUGUAUUUGACAAGCGUGUCUCGGUUGAGCAUGGUCUGGAACAGGGCACGUUCAAGCUUUGUUAUGGGUGCAAGCAACCGGUGAGUGAUGCGGACAUAGAAUCUCCUCAGUGGGAGUAUGGAGUUUCUUGUCCUCACUGUUACUCAACGAAAUCUGAAGAAGAGAAAGAGAGGGCAAGAGCUCGGCAAAGGCAAUUCGAGACAUGGGGCAUCAUUGGUGGUCCGGACAAAGGCCGGCGACCAAAACAGAGUGAUAAAAAUGCUACUCUUCCAAAUUCAAUUUGAUCGCUUUUUUCUUCAGGGUCUUUUUUCCAUUUUUGUAUUACAGACUACACAGGACAGAUCAAAAUAUCCUUCUCCACCUUGGCUAUUCUCUCGUGUAUGCAAUAUCCGUUUUUGUUGAUCAUGACACGUGUGAAAUUUUGGGACUUUAGUCUCUAUCUAUUAAAAGAACGAUACAUCUAAAGCUUUGGAGA